AUGUCCCGCGCACUCCUCUACCCACUCCUCGUGGCAGCAACAGCUUUACUCCUUGCCAGCCAAAUCUCCGCGGCACCCCAGUACCUCCUCAGCAAUCUCGAUCUUGCAGACCCCGCCGCCAUUCAUAACGCGCCUGCAUCUUCCAUAUAUGCUGACAACGUACCUUCCGCUUCCUCACCCAUCCCCACUGUCGCGAGUCAAGUCCUACCCAAACAAUCCAUCUCACUCGGAAGCGAGACCAAUAUCAUCCCCACCACAGGUGUUUUUCCGAAUCUUGUUUUCCAACCUGCCAUCCAGCUCUAUGACCCGAUCGUGAGCGACUUCCAGACUUAUGGGAUGAAUGUUCUUGGUGGUCCAAACGGUCCUCUUGGUUUUGAGGCUGGCAUUUUCCCAGGCGCUAACGCUGUCGCACCUUUUACAGGCGGACCUGCUUCUGGACUUGUUGAAUCUGCUCCCGGAUUUGAAGCUCCCGCCGAAUUCCUACCUGGAACCAUUGGAUCUCUCGCCAAACGCCAACUCGUCCCAACCAUCCCCGCCGUCCCCGGUCCCGCAGGCCGUAGUGCCAGCCCUCCAAACAUCAUCUCUGGCGCACCGAAUGACAUCUCCACCGACACCUUGAUCCAGCCAAUCGUCAAUAUCCAACCGCAUGCUCUGCAGCCCGUACCAGUCCCUGUGAGCACCCCAUAUAAUGUGCCUGUUCCCGUCGGCGUCCCGGUAUCAAGUCCUGGAGCAGGCUUCCGUGGCGACGAAGUCCUUGGAAACACGUGCGAUUGGUACGAUUAUGGCAGCGAAGGGGGUUGCGGUUGGGGCGACUGGGGCGACUGGGAAGAUUGGGAAUGCUAG